CUGACCGAAACAUGCGGACUCAGCACUGUCGGAUUUCCUGAUGAUAUGUCGUUGGUUGGAACUGUUGGUGUUGCAUCUACAUACUCUGAGGUGCGGCUUGAAGAAGCACCAGAGCUGGGCUACGAUCCGCUGGGAACACCUUCGCGUGGAGAAAUAUGUGUAAGAGGGAAGACACUCUUCUCUGAGUACUACAAAAACCCUGAGCUGACCAAAGAGGUGAUGGUAGAUGGGUGGUUUCAUACAGGGGAUAUUGGGGAGAUGAGACCUGAUGGAGUGUUGAAGAUUAUAGACAGAAAGAAGAACAUACCGAAACUCAGUGUCAUGGAGCAUUAA